AUUUUUAGUAAAUUAUCGACAAACGCCUAUUCAAGCUGUCUUCAAUUAGCAAUAAGUUUGCAAAUUGAUUUCCCGCGCUUAAAUAAAGGUAUAAUAAGUGGAUUUUAUGUGGGUCCAGUGACCACAAAGGCGGCAUGCUGUUGGGCGAAUACGACACAACCCGGCGACUCCUUUUCAUUGUGGCCGUUCUGCUGAUAGUCCUGUAUGCGAAGACGUACUUGCUGCCCGGCGAGGAUUUGGUCUACAACUAGGGGAUUACGGUGUCCCUACAGGAUCCUACCCUAUUUAAAAAGGUUAGCGCGAUGACGGACCGGAGGGUUUCAUACUUCUACAACGCGGACGUGGGCAACUU